GCCCGCGGAGGCUUCCAGAUUAGGGGCGUGGUCAGUGACGUAGGAGGAGGCCCCAGCCUCUGUUCAGUCUGGGCAUGCGCGCAGUGGCCGUUCAUUCUGCGCGAUGGCGGUGAAGGCGCUCAACCCGAAGGCGGAGGUGGCGAGGGCCCAGGCGGCGCUGGCCGUCAACAUCAGCGCGGCGCGGGGGCUGCAGGACGUGCUCCGGACCAACCUGGGGCCGAAGGGGACCAUGAAGAUGCUUGUCUCUGGCGCCGGAGAUAUCAAGCUGACGAAAGACGGCAACGUUUUGCUUCAUGAGAUGCAAAUCCAGCACCCGACGGCCUCCUUGAUCGCCAAAGUGGCGACCGCGCAGGACGACGUCACCGGCGACGGGACCACGUCCAAUGUCCUCAUCAUCGGAGAGCUCCUCAAACAGGCCGACCUCUACAUUUCGGAGGGUUUGCACCCUCGCAUAGUUACGGAAGGGUUCGAAGCCGCCAAAGAGAAAGCCCUCCAGGUCCUGGAGCAAGUCAAAGUCACGAAGGAGAUGGACAGGGAGACCCUCCUCGAUGUGGCCAGGACCUCUCUCCGCACGAAGGUCCAUGCUGAGCUUGCCGAUAUCUUAACCGAGGCUGUGGUAGACUCCAUCCUGGCAAUUAGGAAACCCAACGAACCGAUCGACCUGUACAUGGUUGAAAUAAUGGAGAUGAAGCACAAAUCUGAAACAGACACAACGCUGAUCAGAGGACUCGUCUUGGAUCAUGGCGCUCGUCAUCCGGACAUGAAGAAGAGAGUUGAAGAUGCUUACAUCUUGACUUGCAACGUGUCGCUAGAGUAUGAAAAAACAGAGGUGAAUUCCGGCUUCUUCUACAAGAGUGCAGAAGAAAGAGAGAAGCUGGUGAAGGCAGAAAGGAAGUUCAUUGAAGACCGAGUGAAGAAAAUUGUGCAUCUGAAAAACACCGUAGUUGGCGAUUCGAAAAAAGGUUUCGUUGUGAUUAACCAAAAGGGCAUUGACCCUUUCUCGCUGGAUGCCCUUGCCAAAGAAGGGAUCAUAGCCCUGCGCAGAGCAAAGCGAAGGAACAUGGAGAGGUUGACCCUUGCUUGUGGGGGCAUUGCGAUGAAUUCAGUGGAUGACCUCUCGGUUGACUGUCUGGGGCAUGCCGGCCUUGUCUAUGAGUACACACUGGGCGAAGAGAAGUUCACCUUCAUUGAGAAUUGUGACAACCCUCGCUCUGUGACCCUGUUGAUCAAGGGCCCAAAUAAGCACACCUUGACCCAGAUCAAGGACGCGAUCAGAGACGGGCUGCGGGCGGUCAAAAAUGCCAUUGAGGACGGAUGCGUGGUCCCAGGUGCUGGUGCCCUGGAGGUGGCCAUAGCUGAUGCCCUGGUGAAGCAUAAGCCAACCGUCAAAGGACGGGCCCAACUGGGGGUUCAGGCGUUCGCAGAUGCUCUCCUGAUUAUUCCUAAGGUGCUUGCCCAGAACUCUGGCUACGAUCCCCAAGAGACGCUGGUGAAAGUUCAGACCGAACAUGCAGCAUCGGGGCAGCUUGUUGGUGUGGACUUAAACUCUGGUGAACCCAUGAUGGCGGCCGCAGCGGGCGUGUGGGACAACUACAAUGUCAAAAAACAGUUGCUUCAUUCAAGCACGGUCAUUGCCAGCAACAUCCUCUUGGUGGACGAAAUCAUGCGCGCCGGGAUGUCCUCUCUCAAAGGUUGACCUGGAGAACAGCUCCACCUGGCCCCUGCGUCUUUGGGAAGGCCCCAGUUCACAGCCUUCCCUUUUUGCUCCCAUUGUCCUUAAGUUGAGUUUUGAGAGCAGCCAGAGACGUUGCUCUCCCCGCUUCAGGGAAUUUGGCCGCUCGCAGAUGGCAGCGUCCAGCCUCUGCGGCUUUGGAUAACCUAUUUAUUUCUUGAUGCGCACUGAAUUGAUAACAUCGAAAGUCACUUUUCUUUAUACCCAAUAAAAACAGUUCCUUGCUCUCA